AUGGAGUCCCAUUUCGGCAGCGCUAGUCCGUUUGAUGUCGCUUUUAGAAGCAGGCCCGAUGCGAUCCCCGGGCUUUCCCCGCUCACUCUGCCCGACGUGAGCGGAAAGAAUCUCCGCAACAGGAAUCUGUUGUCCCCCGGACCAUCGGCUGUGCUGUCCCCGGUCACCAAUUUGGCUCUGGACAUGAACAACUUAGCCGGACUUGGAAGCCAAUGUGAUACCCCGAAAAGGAGAAAGCACCCCCCCUUGGAGAAGGUUCCCUCUUUUGCCUCAGACGUCUCAUCUGAUGCCGGUCUCGGCUUAGAUUUUCCCAGUCCAGUGGAUGGAGACCUCGAAGAUGCUUUCGAAAAGGCCAUCCAGCAGUCACGCCGAGUCGUUAACGAGAAGAUGCCAAUUAGAAGAAUCAACUCAUUGCCGCCCCAGCUCCUGGGCUUCAGUCCGGCUUUAAAAGGCCAGGAGACGGACUCCGCCCGCUACGGAAUAUUCGGCCAGCAGCCUUCGCAGACGAACCCCUCCGCCUCUCUACACGACAACAAGGAGAACCUCCCAGAGGAGUUCUUUGAAUUCAAGAAACCCUCCAAGCCCGUUUCCCGGUGCCGCAUGCGCUCCUUCGACAGCGGGCAUCCGAAGGACUCCUUCGCCGCCCGUCCCUGCUCGGCUCCUGCUCUCAUGCUCUCUUCGCCUCCUCCGGUCCAGCAGCUGGACUACGACUCCAGCCCCGUGUUUCUGAGGCGCUCCUCUCUCACCUCCUCUCUAAACGACGACGAAGACGACGGCUUUUUGGAUGUCCUCGACAACAUGGAGGACGACUCUGCGAUGCCCACAGGAAUGGCGAGCUUGCUCACUGCUCCACUCAUGACUGACAGCAUGGGAGAGGACUCUCCCGUCAUCCGCUGUCGGCCGCGGAACCUGUUCCGCUCGCCCUCCGUUCCCAGUCCAGUGUCCCGCUCCUCCAUGAAGCGCCCCGACUGCCCCGCCGACGAAAACACUCCUGUGAGGGUGAAGAGGAGGCGCAGCGUGGCAGGAACGAACGUCACCAGCCUGGACCAAGACCCAGAAUCUCCCAGAAUGAGCUGCUCACUGCUCCAAAGGUCCAAGUCCUUCUGCCACACAGAGAUCGAGAAGCUGCUGGACGAGGCGUCCACUGAGCUCAUAGGAGACUUCACCAAGCCGUUCCUCCUACCAACCGUGGAGGGGAAACACCAAGACCUCAAGUACAUCACCUCAGAGAUGAUGGUGGCGGCUCUCGCCGGCCAGUUCGAUCACCUGGUGGACCAGAUCAUCAUCAUAGACUGCCGCUACCCCUACGAGUUCGAAGGUGGACACAUCAAAGGAGCUCUGAACCUGCACCAAGAGGACCAGGUGGAGGACUUCCUCCUCAAGACCCCCAUCGUCCCAUCCUGCCCCGAGAAGCGAGUCCUCAUCGUCUUCCACUGCGAGUUCUCCUCGGAGCGCGGCCCCCGCAUGUGCCGCUUCGUCAGGGAGCGAGACCGCGCCCUGAACGAGUACCCCAAACUCCACUACCCGGAGCUUUACAUCCUCAAGGGUGGAUACAAAGACUUCUUCCCUUAUUUCCAGACCCAGUGUGAGCCUCAGUCCUAUCGGCCAAUGCACCACGAAGACUUUAAGGAGGAUCUGAGGAAAUUCCGCCUGAAAAGCCGCACCUGGGCCGGGGAGCGCAGCAAGCGAGACAUGUACAGCCGACUGAAGAACCUGUGAACGCCUCCUCAGCCUCCCCUCCUGCCUCCCUGCAGAUGGACCUCCUCACAGAGCCUUGGGCCUCAUCCCACCCACUAGGAAUCUCCUUUAAGGAAGUGCAGCAACAGGAAAAAGGGCUUUCUUUAAUAACUCUCCUAAAUUGAUGAGUUUGUGUGUAUGCUAAUGUCCAAAUUUGGUGGGUGGGGGGAGACUUGAGGAAGCCUCCAGAACAGAAAGCUGAUGGUUCUGCAGAGUGAUUUAAGAAAACCACUUGGACCUAUUGCCCAGUUUUUAUUAUUUUUUAUUUUUUUAAUAUUUUUAUCUUGUUCUGAAAGCACAAAUCGGUGACAGGUUGCAAUAAUAGAACUAAAACCAAAAUGCAAAAUCUGAAGUUUGUCUUUUUUUACCCCCCAUCUCAUUUUACAUUUUAUUCAAGCACUUAAUUUUAACACAAUGAGGUGCAUUUUUUUAAAUACUUUGUCCAGGAUUUGCAAAAUUGCUGACUGGAUAUUUUGAUGGCGCGUUAAGACAAAGUCGGACAUCCUCUUUUCCUCUCCUUCCUGAUCAGCUGCAAUACUCGUUUCAUUUCUCUCCGUGAAAUACCAAAGCGAACCAAAACUACCUGUUAACUUUUGCAGUUCUUCCACGUUUUUUUUUCUUAUGCUGCAGGUCGGCAAGAGUGAAAAGAUUUUCGACGUUGCGUCUUCUUUUGAUUCCUUAAUUUUCAAAGAUAGAAUGUCUGACCCUGGUUCAAUCCGAAUACCCUUAUAGAGCAAGGACUCUUUAGCCAAAGCAGAAGUGCGUCAGCUGUCGCCAUAGUGCAGUCAGUAAGGAAGGAGGCAGGAAAAGGAGCCUCUUUGCUUCCUCUCGUGGGUAGUUUUGUCUAGGAACCCUGCGGCGUCCCUUAUCGGCUCUAAGAACCCUUCAGGUAUCCCACAAUUCUUUGUGGGACAUGGGGUAUCAGCACAGUCCCCUCACGGAAAUUAACAAAAAUGUCACUUUGUUGUUCAUUUUCAGAAGGCUGUAGUUUCCGUCACGUAAUGGCGUCACAGUUAAAGGCCGUCCGAAUUCGGCACAGCAGUCCGAAGCUCCUUUCCUAUCCACCAUUGAGUUCUUACUAUUGACCCCGUGAAAGGUCAUGGAACAGGAGCUAGAAGCUUUAAGGGUAUUCGGAUUGAUCCCCUGUUUCUGUGAGUUUGAGUGGCUUGUGGGGGGUGGAGCUAAUGAAAUAAAGAUCCAAUGUGCAUUCAGAUGGGUUAGAUUAUGGCCUGUUUCUGUGCAACAUGGAAGGAGGACUUGGUAUUUACAGUGCUGGUUAGAAAGCAGUGUACAUUCAUUAUGGCUAUAAUGUCUGGUUUUUAUUUUAUUAUUAAAAGAAG